UUCGUGAUCACCGCAACCUUAGAAUUCUUUUCUUGAGAGCUACGUUCUUCCUGGGAACAUUGACAAGGCCUUCCGGUAUCAAAGCCUCGCACGCAAUGCCUGACCGGAGGUGUAUCUCCGAGGUAUAAAAUCGUUCUUCCAUCUAAGGCUUGAGAAGUAUUACAUGAAAACGUUGGAGUUGUUUCAUUUUGAUGAAGUGUCUUCAGGAGUCGUUCUAGCGAUUUCGUGGUUGAAUACCUCGAUGUACACAUCCCAGGUCGCUUUGAGUAUCUACUACUUGUAUCGCUUCGUGAUGACAAAGUGGUUGCGCUACUGGAUAUUGGCAUCGUUGGUCAUCGACGGGGCUUGUUCGAUCGUGGUUCUGGUCUACACUUACGAACUCCUGGUUAAUAACGCAGAUCCAUACGAACUAACUGCAUGGACCAUGCCGUUUGUAGUCUUAUUCACGUACGCCUCUGCCUCGAUUACGCAGGCAUUUUUCUGUUAUCGGUAUUGGACGAUCUCUAGGAAUAAAUGGAUUGCAGGAUGCAUUAUGUUUAUCAUUACAGUAAAUACGCUUUUCGCUCUGUUCAUUGCCAUCUAUUUUUCCCUCCAUCCGAAGGACCUGCUGUUAGCCUUACCGCUGGCGGUCACCGUAAUAUGUGCAGCAACAGACAUAGUUAUCGCAAGCUCCCUAGUUUGGGCAUGUUGGCACAUAGAGUCACCAUACGCAACCACAAGAAACAUAUUACGUCGUGUCAUGAUACAGGCCUUGGCUUGCGGCUUCUUAACAGCUAUUUCAUCAACACUCAUGAUUGUCUUUCUUCUCGUUGUCUUGAACGUACACUAUUCCUUCCUUGUUACACUCGGACGCAUUUACAGCCUCAGUGUUUUAUUAAAUCUUAUUCUGCUGAAGGGUAUGCAUCGUAAUGAUCCAUGCACGAUGUGGAUAGAUGGAAGUAUUGACAUUAAUGGACCUGCAGUCCUGGAUUCGAUUCUGUUUAAGAACACGUCAAAUGCCAAGACGGGCAAUACGCAGUUGAGUGAAAGUAGCCGCCCCUACCCGACGAGGACUUUAGCGAACGAUCAAUUUCUUUCCAUUCAUACUGUUUGAUUUUACUUAUAUCAGCAGAAGGAAGGCAUUGAGUAUCCACACCAUACUACU